GACAUCAGCUGCUCCAUGACAACCAACAGCACAGCUGCCAGCCGACCCCCGGUCACCCUCCGGCUCGUGGUCCCCGCCAGCCAGUGCGGUUCCCUCAUCGGGAAAGGAGGCUGCAAGAUCAAAGAGAUCCGAGAGAGCACGGGGGCACAGGUCCAGGUGGCAGGGGACAUGUUGCCCAACUCCACUGAACGAGCCAUCACCAUCGCUGGGAUCCCUCAGUCCAUCAUCGAGUGUGUCAAACAGAUCUGUGUCGUCAUGCUCGAGGUACAGCCCCCUCCUGUCCCCUUCCCCUCCUUUUCUGUCCCCUUCCCCUCCUUUUCUGUCCCCUCCCCCUCCCUGUACUGAAGUCCUCUAAUUUAUCCACAGGACAGGUACAGCAGCGGCAGUGCGAGCUACCCCCACACCGCCCCAUCCAUGUGCCUCAACUCUGACUUGGAGGGACCACCUCAGGAGGCCUAUGCCAUUCAAGGACAGUAUGCCAUUCCACAGCCAGAUCUGACCAAGCUGCACCAGUUGGCAAUGCAACAGUCACACUUUCCAAUGUCUCAUGGCAACACUGGAUUCAGUGGCAUUGAAUCCAGCCCUCCAGAGGUGAAAGGCUAUUGGGGUUUGGAUGCCUCUGCUCAAACCACCUCUCAUGAACUCACCAUUCCAAAUGAUCGGGUGACCAUAACUGGAUCUGCAGCCAGCAUCAGCUUGGCCCAGUAUCUAAUUAAUGUCAGGUAA